GUACAACGGCGGGCGCGUCAAGUAUAAACGGCACUAGAAUAGGGGGUGCACGCAGUCUGCGGUCCGGUGCGCUGCGGUGCCAGGCGAAAGUAUAACAAAGGCUUAAGCGAAGCUUCCGGUCUGCGAACACGGAAGUGUGAUAAAGACCUAUUACAUCAAUGCACGUCUACACAUCCUCUGAAGACCAAGCUCCUGGCAGGUCAAUCUUAUGGUAAUGAUGGCACAUUCAGCUGUAAGUGUGCAACCAGCCAUGAUAGUUACCGCUGACAAUGUGAAGCAAAACCAGUGGAGCAGUGGAGUGUGUGACUGUUGCGAAGACAUGAGCAUCUGUUGCUGUGGUUUGUGGUGUCCUUGCUACCUAAUGUGUAAGACCAGUGAGGAUUUUGGAGAGUGUUUCUGUCUCCCCCUGCUGGAGAUGUGCUUUUUUGGCUACGCAAAUCCUAUUACUCUCUCCAUGAGGAGCACAAUGAGAGAGAGGUACCACAUUAAGGGCUCACUAGCAUGUGACUGCUGUGUGGUGACCUUUUGCACUAUGUGCGUCUGGUGUCAAAUGGCGAGAGAGCUAAAGGCUCGAAAGCACUCUGCAGUGGUCAUUAAUCCUGCUGUCAAUGCAGCAUACCAACAGCCAUAAGCUUUUAACCAGCCAACACAAGCUGUCAAAAUGGCCUACCAGUCAAAUUACCCCAUCAGUGCUCCCUAUUAAUCACUGCAUUGCACAUGCACAAAUCUGGUUUAAAAUCAAGUUCCCAAAUAAGCAAAUCAACCUUAAUUUACAUAAUAUGUUGAAUUUAUGUAGUGCUCAAGAAAUCUGUCCUUAUUUCAUCUGAAUAUUUAUACUUCUCUUUGUAACUAUGACAUAAUUUUUAUUGAACAACUCAAUCAUCAAUAACAAAUUCUUAUUUUAGCACUUUCCUCUAUAGACUGAUUGCCAAAUGUUCUUUAUAAAUAUAUAUUUUUUAAUCAUUUAUAUUUCAAAUAAAAUUAUAUGAAAAACU